AAAACAUUAUUUGAGGGCAGCUUAUGCCAUGUAUCAGAAAACUUGUGUUUUGAAUAUUGUAUUGAUCGUCUGUCAGUGAGUACUUAAUUUUAUUGUAGUUGAUCUGAAAAGGGUACUAUUGGGGCAGCCUUUGUGAAAAACUGAGAAAAUUGCAGUUUUGCUCCAGAUUUUCUGGCAAAAUGAAAGAAGCCACCCAUUUGGCCAAAUUAUAUUUUUUUAUUUCACGCUUGAUUUGCUUUGGUGGGCAAAAAUAAUUGGUGUGAAGGACUGGAUGUGGUCCCGAGGACCUUGAGUUUGGGACCUAUGCCCAACGUAGUUUUGAUCAUAUUGACCCUAUUUUUUUUUCCUGAUGGCAGGAACCGGUGAAGGGGGACUCUGCAUGGGGGAGUCCGACCGGGCUCGCGGGCGAGCCGCCAGAGAGUUUCGGAAAAUAGCCUGGCCAACAUUCCUCUGACCCCGGAAACUGCGCGCGACCAGGAGAGGCGAAUCCGCCGCGAGAUCGCCAACAGCAACGAGCGGCGGCGCAUGCAGAGCAUCAACGCCGGCUUCCAGUCGCUGAAGACCCUCAUCCCACACAGCGACGGCGAGAAGCUCAGCAAGGCCGCAAUCUUGCAGCAGACGGCAGAGUACAUUUUCACGUUGGAGCAGGAGAAGACGCGACUACUGCAGCAGAACAGCCAACUCAAGCGAAUCAUACAGGAGUUGAGCGGCUCUUCCCCAAAGAGGAGGCGCGUGGAGGAGAAGGAUGAAGGCAUCGGCUCGCCGGAUAUCCUGGAGGAGGAGAAGACGGAGGACCUACGGCGGGAGAUGAUUGAAUUGAGGCAGCAGCUGGAGAAGGAACGCUCCGUCAGGAUGAUCCUGGAAGAGCAGAUGCGCUCACUGGACGCAGAGUUGUACCCGGAGAAACUGAAGGCUCUGAGCCAGCAGAAACUUGUGUGUGUGCCCCAACACAAGCAGCUGGAGAGGGACCUUACACCUGCCCACAGCCCACAGGUGUCCGCCCCGGCCACCCCUCCCGCGCCCACGCAUCACGCAACGGUCAUCGUCCCCGCACCCGUCCCUCAGCCGCCACCACAGUCUCAUCAUGUCACCGUAGUAACCAUGGGUCCGGCGUCCGUCAUCAACACAGCCUCCACGUCAAGACAGAACCUGGACACCAUCGUCCAGGCGAUCCAGCACAUCGAGGGCACCCAAGGGAAGGUUGGCGGGUGCGAGGAGGAGCAGCGGCGGGCAGUCAUCGUCAGCUCGGGCCGCGUCCUCUCCGACAGCGACGAGCCGGACCACUGCUCACUGCCAUAAGUUGCUGUCCCACACGCACACAUAUUGACAUGCGCUUGCAUACAUCCCCCAAAACAACAACAGUGGACUUUCGACAGGGUCGGUGGUCGCAUUGAAGCACUCUUUUUGUACACAUUUACCUACUUACAGUAUAGUACCGUGAUAGGCAGUUUCGCCAUGCUUAUAUAUACUUUGGACAACCCCCCCUUGCUCAUAUCUGGCUCACUUAUAGAAAGGCCAUUCGAGCAGCUGCUUGACUUGACUGACUGUACUUUCGUAGUGGAUGUUACUCAUUCAAGCUGCACGUCUUUUUGUUUUUCUUUCCGCUCGCCAUGAAAACCAAAUUCGCCACAUCCUCCAGGCGAGGGCCCGACUGAUAUGGAUUUUUGGAGGCCGAUAUUUGGCUGAAUUAAAUUCAGAUAACAGUUUAAUCGGUUAUUUAUAUAUAUAUAUAUAUAUAUAUAUAU